GUUAAUAUACCCAUUUAACUUUAUACAUACACAUAUUCUCAUUAACCGGAAAUGUAAAUGAGAUGACUUGGGUAAGUGGGUAUGGGUAGGUAGCAUGUACAUAUGUAUCCAUGUAUGUUUCCAACACCACUUUCGUAAAUCCACACCCAUGACAUUGAUAAACAAGUUUUUUUGGAGAACUUGCAACAAGUGGGAACUAAAUCUAAGAUUGUCUCAUGAUAGGCAACCACUCACUUAUUCUCUCAUUUGAAAUCGGAAAUUAAGAGUUUAUUGCAAUCUUUGUUUAUGUUAAUCCUUAUAGUGUUAAUAUCUACACUACGAUAAUAGACUGUAAAUCGGAAAAUGCAAUGCUUUGCCAAAUUGGCCUACUUUAUCUUAUCUUGGUGCUAUAGGAUAUGAGACUUGCAACUUUUGUUCACCUGAUUUUUUUUUAACAAUUGGAGAAAGAGAAUUGGACUCUAAACGUAAAACAAUCAUCUGAGUGUAAAAUAAUGUGCUCAGAAAAUUACUCAAAUGAGAAGUCACUCUCAGUCUUAUUCUUUUCCCUAUCGAGCGAUAAUGAUAAUGUUUUUCUUGAUACAAAACUUUCGGUUAUUAUAGGUUAAAAUAGUCAGUUUCUCAACAAAGUUUGUUCAUGGAAUUAAAAUGAGGCCCAAUAAGUAUAUAUUUCGUAAGAUUUCUAGAAUCAUUGUAAUCCUCUUACUAGUAUUUUGUAUCGAAUGUCAGCCACAGUUUCUAAACAGUGUUAUCAAAUUUCCAAAGCCAUCAUCGAGAACUCUGAGAUAUCUUCCGCUCAGAAAUGAUAAAGUUACAGUUUCCGGGACUUCCGCUGGGGGAGCAAUGGCAAUGGCUCUUUAUCUUUCACAUUCUAAACUUUUUUCUGGAGUAGCAAUUUUCUCUGGAGUGUUAUAUCGCUGCGUUGAGGGAAAUCGUGAAAGUUUUUCGGGAAUAUUGGGAUGUGUAAACGGACUCACAAACUUGACCACAGUAACGGAUUUAGCGGAGGAUUUGGUUGCGGACAGGUUGAUUGACAAGCUCAAAUAUUUAAAAUUUAAUCGACAUUACGUUGAACACGGGUAUAAUGAUGAGAAAUUUUCAUUCAACAAUGGACGUCAAAUAGCUCAAUUUUUUGGAGAAUAUAGUCCAAACGUCCGGUAUCAAGAAACUUCAGGGAUUCAUGGAAUUGCAACGGAUAACUGCGGGUUUACUUGCGGGUCACGCCUAUAUCUGAAUAGUGGGUGCUUGAAUUGCGGACGAUCCGCUGUUUAUCAGGGGUUGAGUUAUAUCCGCAAGAGGAGGCUUUUAAGAACUGAAUCCAAAAUUGCGACAUGUUAUCAAGGAAAAGGAGUUCCCGGAUUGUACAAAUUCGACCAGACAGAAUUUCUUCCAAAAAAUGCAUUGGGUGGUACAAACGUUCCGAUGGAGAGAUACGGGUUUAUUUACAUUCCGCCAAGAUGCGAAGCAGAUUCUCAGCUAUGCACUCUUCACAUUGCUUUCCAUGAUUGUUCGACAAUGCAAAUUUUUGGAGGCAUCCCAUGGCAUAUUACGUGUAGCGGCUAUCUAGAAAUUGCGGCGGCGAAUAACAUUAUCAUCGUCUUCCCACAAGCUGCGAUUCAAUACUCAGAUCCAUAUUCGUAUCUUGGAUGUUGGGAUUUUGUUGGAUAUACUGGAGAACUUUACGGUACAAAACGAGGUUCUCAAGUUCGAGCAGUGUAUAACAUGGUUCAACGAAUGAUGACUGCCCCACGACCUGAUUUCGAUUACUACGAUUAUUAAUACUUAAUUAUAUUGUACGAAAUGUGUGUCUUAGUUAACUAGCAGACAUGCGGUACUCCAACGACUUUGUAUUUUAUUUAAUAUUUAAUAUUUAUUACUUGUAAUUUAAACAACGUUAUGAAAAUAUAUGCAUAGUCUUUAUUAAGAGAAAAGUCUUGUAACCCCAGUAUAAGUUGUGCUACAUUACAUGCAUAUAUAUUAAUCAAUAAAUCCACAUCCACAAUUAUGACGCAUAUUUCACCCAUUAUUAUGCUUCAUUAAUUUUGAAAUCCAUACGUUUUUGAAUUUGUAUAGUUAAAACAAUGGGCAAACUUGUAUCACGUUCAUAGAAAAUACAUACUUAUGACAAUACACACAUACAUAACUCAAUUAUGUACACUCAAUGUAUAAGAAGUAUGAUGACUUUUAUAUUAGUGUGCAGGCAGAAGUAGAAGUACAAGCAUACAUACAUAUGUACAAGAAUGUUAAUAAUUUAGUUGCGUAAUUUUUUCAACAUGUAGGGAUGAAUUUAUUGUGCCAAGUUUUAUUGUUCUGAAAGUAAUUAUACAUCCCGGAUGGCCUUUAUGUGCCCAUGAUGUCGUGGAUGAGUAUUGAGUACCGCAGACAUACACAAAGCUCAAUGGAUUAUUUGCUAAACAUGAAGGUUGUGCAGCAGUCAAGAAUCAGUAUCACUGUACUGACCUUUCUCAUUCUGUUCUCAAGUUUACUUCUUGACCCAGGUAGCUAGAGUUCCAGGACAAAAAUGUGAUAAGGACAUGGUAGUGAAGUGGCGUAAGAAAAAUUGAAAAAUUCUAGUCUAAAAAUAAGAUUUUCUAGGAUGGAGCAUGCCUGCGGUAGAUCCGGAUGAAAAUUGGGUUUGCGACGCUGCCCACAUAGGCAGAAAGAAACCACUGCCUGGGCAUUGUUACUCCUAUCAACAAUGUCAAUGGAGGGAGCUUACGGAUUAUGACAUGGAAAUAGUUAGUUGUUCUGGUGACAAAAUUUAUGACGAAAGUGUAAACGCAUGCGUCGAUGAAAAAGCAAUCUCCUUCGACUUUGAUAAAAGUAGAUGCGAGAAGAGGAAGCCUAAUAUGUCAUCAGCAAACCACAAUUCUAAAACUCAACAGUCUGGAAGAAGCGUGACAAAUGGAGGAAAGGAGCUGCCACAAGCAAAACAUUCAGCUAAACCUUAUACAAUGGAGGAAAUGAAAAAAUUAUCAGAACAAUCUUCUUCCCAAAUGGAAUCAAUGAAAUUGCUAUGGCACACAAAAUCUAAAUCAUCUACAGGUAUAAUCCAGUCACAAGGAGCUGCAACCGAGCGAAAUGAAAACAGUUCCCAGAAGAAACAUGAUAUAAAUGAAGGUUCACCUGCUCUGCCGGAAACGCAUAGUUUACUUGAUAAAGGCGUUACAUUGGAUGCAAAACAACACACAUUAAAUGAGGGUAAUAAAAAGGACGGCCCCAAAGCAGCUACCAUGUCAAAGACCCCUGCAAAAUCUGCUUUUUCGUCGUCUGAAUCCAUGCCAACACUCAAACCUAUCCUUGAAAAUAAUCGAAACCCUUUUGACACUCAACCAGUAAGACCAAAGUCGGAAGCUACAUUUAUUCAAGAGCCUAAUUUUUUUAAACCGUUUAACAACUUUCCUCCGACUGAAAAAUCUUCACGCAGAAUAUUAUUUCAUGAACCUUUUGUUAAACCGUACUAUUUUGCAGCUAAAAAUCGAGUGGGUGUGUGGCCCAAAUGGGAAUAAUAGGCUAAUAAAUAAAUUAUAUUUGCCA